ACUCAUGUAUGUACAUUCGCUUUAUACAUAUUUGUAAUUCAUAGACGGAAAGAUCAUGGCGAUGGCGUAAUAAAAAAAAAAGACCCAUUCUCUUUAUAAUUGCGUUUUGCGAAAUUCACAAUACAUUCGACUGCUAAUUCUUCAAAAACCGACCAACCAUCAACCAUCUUGGCAUAAUCGUCGUAUUGCGCCUUGUGCUGUGUGUGGCGCUGGAUAAAAUAAACGAGAACGGGAAAUAUAUAAUCGAACGGACUUGUAUAUACAUUUACGAUGUCUAUAUAUAACAAGUACAAUUGGAGCAAUUGGGGCUUUCUCAUUUUUACUGGCGAAAAGCAACGGAGAUAAACUGUCAAACUGUCAAACACACUGUCCGCGAUCCGUGAUAUACACGAGUGACGAGCGGUGAAAUCUGAAUCAUCAAAGCUUCCUUUUGUAAAGAGAAUGGACAAUUUCGAAGGAGAAAGCAAAAAGGAGACUAGUAGGGAUGAUGGAAGGCAAGGUGCUGGACGCGGACAUCGUGUCUGGGAUGGACUGUCGCAAAAUAAUACGACACUUAGGCGACCACAUUGCGCGUCAGCUGGUAAUCAACCCAGUGCAGAAUCCCUCUCACCGAUAACUGCAGAACAUAAUCUCAAAGAAAAGAAAUUCCGGCUUGUCCCGUUGUCACCGCAAGCGGCUGAGUUUGUCCCAAGAUCCUACAAGUUACCACAGACUUCUUCAUCACAGCCUCAUGUAGCAGAAUCAAACACAUUCCCUUCUCGUCAACUUAUCCAUCAACACGCAAAGAGUUCUAUACAAGAUAGACUCAAACGCGCUCGUGAAACACCACCGAGUGUAAAUGUACCUCCGUCACAUCUAAGAACAUCCGAUGAUCUAAUGGAUGACAAUGCUCUUGAAGAAGCUUUGCAACUACAGUGCAACAUGGAAAAUUCAGACAUGGGAAAUUAUGAUAAAUAUACAGAUGAUCGAUGCAAUUUGAAUGAGAAUAAGAAAAAAGAAGAGGAACAAAAUAAGGAAGAAGAAGCUUACAAUUUUCAAAUUUGUCAACGUCUAAAUGAUAUUAUCAAUAUUUUAAUUGUAAAUCCUGCAGAAUUCACCAGCUUAAUUCCACCAUUUAUCAACAAACUUAGGUGGGACCAAAACAUGCGAUGCCUACAAGCGAUUGUAACGACCAUAAUUGAAUCGUCUAUAGCUGAAAGCAAUUUUCGAUAUAAUGGAGCCCGAUUCUGUAAAUAUCUCGAUAAUACUUUAGAAGACUGCAAAGAACUAUUUAUGUUCUCCAAAGAAUUAUUCAGGGAUUUAUUAUAUUUCCAAUGUAGAUUGGAGACUCGAUUCGAAGAUGCUGAGUGGCAAAGGCAAAGCGAAGAGGAACGCGAUCAAAAGAAGUGCAAUGGACUAAUCUUGUUUUUAGCAGAGUUGGUUGCCCAAAUGGAUGAAUCUUAUGCUUUCACUUUAGGAGAACUCUUGGUAUGGUUUAUUACUAAGGUACUGCAGAGACCAGCAUCAAAUUCUGUCAAGUACAUAUGCCAAGCACUUAAAUUGGCAGGUCAUGUAUUGGAAAAAGAUAAGAGUAUGAGUAAAGAUAUGGAAAAUAUGAUGCGGGUGCUGACGGAACUGGUAAAUAAUGGGCAAGUUGAUACGCAUGUAGGAAAUAUGGUAAACAACGUUCACGAAUUACGAAAGGAUUGGGGAAGAAGAGUGUCUAAUUGUGAUUUAUCUGGAACAAGCAACGCAUUGUCAAAUAAAGUACACCAGCAAUUGGACCAACUAGGUGCAUCUAAUUAUAACUCAUCUGGAAUUAACACUGAAUCAUUAAGAGAAGUACAGCUGGAUCCAGUAAUGUAUGGUCCUGAUGGCGAAAUUUUAUCUGCAGAGGAAAGUAAAUUUCUUCAAGACAACAUCAAAUUGGAUUUUGAUCAGCGGACAUCUGACGAAGAAUACGAUGAUGAUAAUUACGAUGACGAAAUUGCGACCGCUUACGAAGAGUUUUUGAAAGAUAAAUCGAAAUAAAGUGCAAGAUAAAAUUGAUGUAACCUCGGAGAUUAUAUUAUGACUUGGAUAUUUCUCUAUAGAUGUAUAAAUAUUUGUUUAAAAAUGUUGCGAUUAAAAGAGAAAUUGGAUUCUACUACAAUGUGAACAUUAAAAAAGCCAAAUACAAAAAAUAUCUGCAUUUUAAA